AUGGGGCAAUUUUGUGAGGUGGAGGACCUAGAGUACGAUGAGGCUCGAUCUCAUCUUAUGGACUUGCUUGGCGUUGACCGCACCAAAGCUUCAGCCGAGAUGAAGAAGUCACGCGGUCCAAAAGUGCGGCUAAGCUGGCUCCGCGAGGUCUACCACGAUUGCAUUCAGCAGGAGCUUUGGGAGUGCGCUGCUCGGGUGUAUUUGUUGCAUCUGUUUGGAUGCACAAUUUUUACUAAUAAGAGUGGGAAUUUGAUUCAUGUCUCGUACCUCCUUCUGUUGCGAGACUUGAAUGCAUGUUCGAGAUAUGCCUGGGGAGCAACUGCACUGGCACACACUUAUGAGCAGCUAGGAGAUGCUAGCUUCAAUGGUGUCAGACAGAUAGCUGGAUAUUCCACUCUUCUACAGAGUUGGAUAUAUGAGCACCUUCCUGGGAUGGGAAGGAGGCGAAUCUCAGAUACGUACACAGAUCUCCAUCCACGAGCUUCACGAUACAUACCUUCGAGACAGGGUUGGAGUCUUACGGAGGAGCGGAGAUAUCUGGAUGGGCUCACGUAUGAUGCGAUCAUCUGGUAUCCAUACAGGUCGCACAGACGCACUUGUCCAUUCUUGGCCAUAUGUAUGUUUUCAGGAUGGAUCCGACUAGGCGACAUGAUUCACCGGCAUCUGCCUGAACGCGUGUUGCGUCAGUUCGAUUUUCUGCAGAUCAUACCACGUUCGCCUGAGACCCUUCCGAUGCCAGAGAUUCAUAUGAUUGAUCAAAAUUGGUUGAGGUAUGUAGAGCAUGCCUUUACUGGUGCUGUUGAAGCCGAGGACCCCUCUGCGUGUGUUGACGGAUACCUGGCGUGGUUUAGACGAGUGUCUCACCCGUACAUCACUCUAGCUAACGACGAUGAUCGACCCAGUCUUGCAUCGCGCAUGAGGCGACACAUUCCAGAUGACAUCCCGGUGCCCCCAAUUCGUCGUAGACGAUCGCCUGAAUUUGGAUUGUUGGGUGGUAUGAGGCGUGUGAUCAGGAUGCUGCAGGACAUGUUAAGCUGUCAACACGUCACAAAGAACACUGUAGUCUAUGAGCAAACUAAUCAGACAUUACAGGUUGCUCGUAGAUCUGUUGAGGAGUACGAGGCUGCUACUACUAGUAGAGGUGCUCGCCAUGUGCGCGGACGAGCAUCAUUUUCUUGA